CGCCCGCGCGCCAAGAUGGCGCCGCCCACGCCGCUGCUCGCAGUGAGAGGGUCUGAAGGGCUGUACAUGGUGAAUGGGCCCCCCAGUUUCACCGAGAGCACAGCAUUCCAAAGGGAUUCUGGAAAAAAUUGCAAAGCUGUUGCUUUUAGCAAGGAUGGCUCCCUCUUCGCCUGGUGCAAUGGACAAAAAGUCAAUGUUGUUAAUGUCACCAGAGCUGAGUUACUGCAUUCCUUUGAUCUCCCAAAGACAGUUUGCCUUGAAUUCUCACCAAAGAAUAAUGUUCUGGCAAUGUGGCAGGCCUAUGCAACUGCUAAGGAUGGCACAGCAGGGGUACCCAACCUGCAGCUCCAUGAUCUGAGAACUGGAAAAUGCCUUAAGUCUUUUAUACAGAAAAAGAUGCAGAACUGGUGUCCUUGCUGGGCAGAUGAUGAGAGCAUUUGUGCCAGGAAUGUGAACAAUGAAGUGCACUUCUUUGAAAACAACAACUUCAAUACCAUUGCAAAUAAGCUGCAUUUGCAGAAGGUCAGUGAUUUUGUGUUGUCCCCAGGAGCACAGCCAACCAAGGUUGCUGUUUAUGUGCCAGGCAGCAAAGGUGCUCCAUCCUUUGUCAGGCUUUACCAGUACCCCAACUUCGGGGGCCCGCAGUCAGCACUCGCCAACAAAAGCUUCUUCAAAGCUGACAAGGUGACAAUGCUAUGGAACAAAAAAGCCACGGCAGUGCUGGUGGUUGCCAGCACCGAGGUGGACAAGAGCGGAGCCUCCUACUACGGCGAGCAGACCCUGCACUACGUGGCAGCCAGCGGGGAGAGCGCCGUGGUGCAGCUGCCAAAAAAUGGCCCUAUUUACGAUGUUGCCUGGAGCCCCAAUUCUGUCGAGUUCUGUGCUGUGUACGGUUUCAUGCCUGCCAAAGCCACAGUUUUUAACCUGAAGUGCGACCCCGUGUUUGAUUUUGGCACCGGGCCUCGCAAUGCUGCCUACUAUAGCCCGCACGGACACAUCCUGGUGCUGGCAGGGUUUGGAAACCUGCGGGGACAGAUGGAAGUGUGGGACGUUAAGAACUACAAACUCAUCUCCAAGCCAGUGGCGUCGGACUCCACGUACUUCGCUUGGUGUCCUGACGGGGAGCACAUCGUGACGGCCACGUGCGCUCCCCGGCUGCGCGUCGGCAACGGCUACAAGGUGUGGCACUACACGGGCUCCGUGCUGCACUCGUACGAGGUGCCCUGCGACGAGGAGAUGUGGCAGGUGUUCUGGCAGCCCUUCCUGGACGGGGUGUUCCCAGAGAGAGCCGUCAGGUACCAGGCGGUUCCCAGUGAGCUGCCCCGCGCUGAGCCCCGGCCGGCGCAGGCGUACAGACCUCCUGCCCUGAGGAACAAACCCGUCACCAGCUCCAAGCUCCAUGAGGAUGAGCCACCCCAGAACAUGAAACCCCAUCUGGGAGGCGGCGAUAAGCCACUGUCUAAAACAGCUCUCAAAAAUCAGAGGAAACAUGAAGCAAAGAAAGCUGCUAAACAGGAAGCCAAAGCUGAUGCACAGCAAGGCCCUGCCCAGGUCAAGCCCCCACAGAGUGCCCUGCAGAACACUGUGCCUGCCAUGACCACGGGAGAUCCUGAAGUGGACAAGAAGAUAAAGAAUUUGAAAAAGAAACUAAAGGCAAUUGAGCAAUUGAAGGAGCAGGCAGCUGCUGGCAAACAACUGGAGAAGAAUCAGGUACGGUUGAGAUCUGUAGAUCUGUAUAGAUCAUUCGAGCUUCAUUUUGUAAUAAAUAACAUCUAUGACAUCUUAUGCUUCUCUGCUCUAGGUGGAGAAGAUUCAGAAAGAAGCUGCUCUCCUUAAGGAACUGGAAGACCUAGAACUGGGUGUUUAAAUCUUCCUUGAGCUCCAGUGUGGUGCUAACACAAGUUCAUGCAAAAUGUAGUUUGUUAAACAUUUCAGCAGAUGACCAAGGGUGCAAAAGUCCACAGAUUUGCUGCUCAUUUGCCUUUAAAAAAGAGUUUUCCUAAAGAUUUGUGCCCAUGAAGCUGUAAGCAAGCGAUGAGUAUCCAUCAGCCAGUUCUGCUGCUGUUCCAACGAGAAACGUGCUCCUUUUCCGAGAACGUACUGCCUAAACCACAUUGUUUUUCCUUAUUUGGGCGGGAGAAGGGAAGGCGAUAAAGACAUUUGAUAGCUUUAUUAUGUUUAAAGAGAGAUGCGGUCUUUAUGCAGUAACGGGUGGAGAUAACCAUAAAGAGCGUUCAGUAACAGCGAGCUGAGCCCUG